GCUCAAUCAGGUCCAAUUUGAAAUCUGAUCCGUGUCUCAGACUGUGGCCUAUUUCUCCUUCAGUGUUGAGCUGGGGCUAAGAAGGCUUGCAUAUAUUUGCCAUCACAUCGCUUUCCGUAGAGAAUAUGGGAAGCGAAUCCGAUGGCAGAGGCGAGCGACAAGAGUCCAGCGCACCUCCCACGGUCUCGACAUCAGGCCAAGCGUUCAAUCCACCUAAAAUCCAACAGCCUACGCCACAGGCACUGCCCAAUAGAUCCGGUCCCUCCGCUAUACUUGUCUCUACACGACAGAAAGGAAAUCCGAUCUUGAACCAUAUCAAGAUCGUACCUUGGGAAUAUGCGGAUAUUCCGGCCGACUACGUGAUCGGCAACACCACCUGCGCGCUGUUCUUGUCGCUCAAGUACCACCGCUUACAUCCUGAAUACAUCUACUCGCGCAUACGGCAGCUAGCGGGAAAGUAUCUACUGCGCAUUGUCCUAGUGAUGGUGGAUAUAGCAAAUCAUGAAGAUAGCCUUCGAGAACUGUCUAAGACGUCUCUCAUCAAUAACCUUACAUUGAUGCUGUGCUGGUCUGCACCCGAAGCCGCACACUACUUAGAGCUGUAUAAGUCAUCCGAAAAUUCUCAACCUACAGCUAUUCGCACGCAGCAGGCCCAAUCCUACAAGGAAUCACUAGUCGAGUUUGUGACUACCCCUCGCAGCAUCAAUAAAUCGGACGCUGCGAGCCUAAUGUCCACCUUCGGAAGCCUACAGAACGCAAUUAAUGCGCCGUCAGAGCAGAUAAGCGCGGUCCCUGGAUGGGGGGAAAAGAAGGUCCGGCAAUGGCAUAAUACAGUGAGGGAAGGAUUUCGAGUGGAGUCGAUGAAGAAGGCGAGUGCUCUCAAUAGAGAUAGAAAUCAUCGAUCGGCACAGCUGGAGACUGAGGCGUCCGGCGCCCCUUCAAGGUCAGAUGAGGGUCGGGAGCAUCAAGAUGAAGAGUUUCUGCUUGCGGAGUCGGAGAGCAGCAAGCCCGAAGUACAUAUAGAUACUAUUGAAGAGCAAUGGUCCAAAGAAGGCGCCCAGUCAGAGGCAAUGGACCAAGGCAUCAUGGUAGCACUGGCAAAGCUUCGUGAGACUGGCGGCUGACGGGACGCUGAGGUUGUGAGUUGAUCUAGCAUAUAUCAACCGCCAGAUCAGUGGAUCAAGCCUCUCGGGCCAUCUCGUGUGGGUGAACCUGAACCGAGACGAUAGGCUGAUGGUGAAAGCCGGAAGUUUGCGAGCCAACGCUUCGAGGGCUCCCCUCGAUUAGGCAAGGCAUGUAAGCUACCUAGCAUGUCUGAUGCGACUCUCAAACCAGUUCUAUAGCAAAGUGUAGUAUACACCUCCAACACCCGAUCUGUGAGAGAUGGAAUAGAAAUACGUA